UCGCCUUUCCACCCAGCCUCAAUGAUGACACGUUAAUUGGCAAAAUUGUGUUUGUUUUGAAGAAGCUCAAAUUGUUUACCAAUCGGUUAAUCACCCAUCUGUAUGCCGGAGUUCCUCUGCACUUCUUUGGGUAUCUUGUCUUCUGGGCGAGAUAAUUGAAUUAUUUACACAGGCAAUUCACCCAUAAAGCCAUAAAGAUAAUUCGCGCCUGGCUUUAACAGACAAUAUGCUAUCGAUUGGCUGACUUUGAAAUCCAAUUUGCUCGCCAACCCGAUCAUUUGUACUUCAACAGUCGCGGAAGAUGUUUUUCACGAAACCGGGAUUCAAGGAGAAAGUCUUCUUCGUGUCUGUUUGCGUUCUUGUUGGCGCUGCAAUUACAGGAUCAGCUAUUUUCAUUGCCAAGAAUAUCCGACAGAUUAAGAGCCCAAAGUGGGGAUAUGAGUGCGUCCAGAGCAGAUGCAAGAAGGUGGAAGCAGAAAAUCGAGUGGAUCUCGUGAGUCUGGGCGUUUGCCGCGUCUUCUGCGGCGAGGACAUCGGUACUCUCUGGCCAAAGCCCACUGGAAAUGUCCGUGUGGGCAACACUCUGGCUCACUUUGACAUCGACAGCGUUCUCUUCAAGUUUCCCGAGUAUAAGAACCAGCAGCUCUACUGGGAGGAGACGCGCCAGCGCUUCCUGGAUCAAGUGAAGGCGAAGGUGACGAAGAGCCACGUACUGAAGCGCGGCGGCAAGAAGGUCGUCGUGGAGAUUGUGGUGAACAAGGAGGAGCUGACCUUCAACUUCGACACGGACGAGAGCUACAGGCUCCAAGUGACGGAGGAGGUGGGCAACGUGGCGGUGAAAAUCGUGGCGCCCACGUAUUACGGCGCUCGUCACGCCGUGGAGACGCUUUCACAAUUGAUCAUCUACGAUGAUAUUCGCACGGAAUUGCAGCUCAUUUCGGAUGUCACCAUCGAAGACGCUCCAGCAUUCAAGCAUCGCGGCAUCUCUCUCGACACUUCGCGGAAUUACUACUCCGUGGAGGCGAUCAAGAGGACAAUCGACGCCCUGGCGAUGGUCAAGCUGAACACUUAUCACUGGCACAUCACAGAUUCUCACAGCUUCCCUGUCGUGAUCAAAUCGCAGCCCGAUCUCUCGGACUACGGCGCCUACACGCCAGAAAAGAUCUACACGGCGGAGGACGUGCGCGACAUCGUCAAGUACGCUAGGAUUCGCGGCGUGCGCGUGAUUCCGGAGUUCGAUGCGCCCGCUCAUGUGGGCGAGGGAUGGCAGAAGAAGAACCUGACGGUGUGCUUCAAUGCCCAGCCGUGGUCGCGCUAUUGCGUGGAGCCGCCGUGCGGGCAGCUGGAUCCGUCCAGAGACGCGCUGUACGACGUGCUAGAGGACAUUUACCGGGAGUUUAAUGAGAUGUUCGAGCAGCCGUUCGUCUUCCACAUGGGCGGCGACGAGGUGUCCGUGUCGUGCUGGAACUCCAGCGCAGAGCUGCAGCAGUAUAUGUUGCAGCGUGGCUGGCAACUUGAGGAGUCGGACUUCAUGCGUCUCUGGGGACAAUUCCAGGACAAGGCUCUGCAGCGAUGGGACAAUGUGUCGCCAGGCAAGGUGCCAAUCAUCCUCUGGACCAGUCGCCUGACAGACGUGCCUUAUGUGGACGACUACCUAGACAAGGAUCGCUACAUCAUCCAGAUCUGGACGAAGGGAGAUGAUCCCAAGAUCGAAGAUCUCCUCAAUCGCGGCUUCAAUCUCAUCUUUUCCAACUACGAAGCAUUGUAUUUCGACUGUGGCUUCCAGGGCUGGGUCAGCGAUGGCCACAAUUGGUGCUCGCCGUACGUGGGCUGGCAGAAGGUGUACGACAACAGCCUGAGCGCCUUGGCGGGCAGCAAGGUGAGCCAGGUACUGGGCGCUGAGGCGGCGUUGUGGUCUGAGCAGGCGGACGAUUAUGCUCUGGACUCGCGCUUCUGGCCACGCGCCAGCGCCUUGGCCGAGCGUCUCUGGACAGAUCCGUCGGACUCCUGGCGCGACGCGGAGUCGCGCAUGCUGAUCCACAGGGAGCGCCUUGUGGAAAACGGCGUGGCGGCAGACUCGCUGCAGCCGCAAUGGUGCCUCCAGAACGAGGGCGACUGCCCGAACGUCCUAUAA